ACUAGGUAUAGGCUAUGUAAGCAUAUUAGUAUUCAUCGGUCGGCGGUCCCGUACUCUGUUUCACAAUGCUCCACACCAGCUCGCUGUAUGUGACAUGGAUAACGUUUGUGUGCUGUUUGUUCUUCGUCAUAACAUACAACAGUCGUAAUGUAUGCUGCUCGCAUGCCGCCAACGCAAAAGUUUACACGGAACAAGAUAAACAGUACUGGAUCGAAAAUGGUAAGACGAAGGUGGCCGAAAAAUUCAAGUAUGUGAAUAAAAAAGGCGUCGCCAAAAAUAUAAUCAUGUUUCUGGGUGAUGGUAUGUCAGUGACGACGUUGGUGGCUUCGCGUAUCUAUAAAGGUCAAAUGGAAAAACGUUCCGGCGAGAAUGAAUACUUGAGUUUCGAGAAAUUCCCAUUUGUCGGCAUGUCAAAGACCUACUGCGUGGACAAACAAGUAUCCGACUCGGCAUGCACGGCCACCGCUUACUUGUCAGGUGUGAAAGCCAACUAUGAAACGAUCGGGUUGUCGGCCUCAGUGAAGCUGAACGACUGUCCCGGGUCUAAAGCGCCCGGAAACCAGACACAGUCUAUAGCCGAAUGGUCGAUGGCUAAGGGUAAAGCCAUCGGAUUGGUGACUACUACCCGUGUAACGCACGCAUCCCCGGCCGGGCUAUAUGCACACACGGCGAACCGAGACUGGGAGUCGGAUGUCGAAUUGGCAAAGGCGGCGAAACUGACAGAUGUGACGCAGUGCGAGGACAUAGCCAAACAGCUAAUAACCAAAAGCCCCGGGAUUGACAUAAAGGUGAUACUGGGUGGAGGUCGUAACAUGUUUUUCCUUAAUGAUACAGUUCAUAAUGGAUCAAGAAUUGAUAUGGAUCUCGUACAAUUUUGGAAGAAAGAUAAGGAAAAACGUUUUGGAAACGGUAAAUCGGCAUACGUUGAAAACAGAGAACAACUAUUAAGUGUUGACCCUUCUAAAACCGAUUAUUUAUUGGGACUUUUCGAGAAACGUCAUAUGAAAUAUCGUUUGAAAGCGGACGCUAAUAUACAACCUACUUUGACCGAAAUGACUAAAAAAGCCAUAGAUAUUUUGAAGAAAGAAAAAAACGGAUUUUUCCUGUUUGUUGAGGGUGGACUUAUCGAUGCUGCGCAUCACGAAACAAUUGCCAGGUUAGCUUUGGAUGAAACUGUUGAGUUCUCCAAAGCCGUUCAACAAGCUGUCGACAUGACCAGCGAAGACGACACACUAAUCGUCGUUACUUCUGAUCAUUCACAUACCAUGACAAUGGCAGGUUAUCCGGACAGGGGCAACGAUAUUUUGAGUUUUUCGGGGUUACUUGGGCUUGAUAAUUUGCCAUUUACUACACUCAGCUAUGCCAAUGGUCCAGAAAAUCUACAGCCCGAUGUGAAUUGCGCCCGCCGGGAUUUAUCCAAGGCUGAUACAAAUGAUCUGUCGUUUACGUAUCCAAAGCUGGUGCCAUUACGAAUCGAAACCCACGGAGGUGACGACGUGAUGGUAUUCGCUCGAGGUCCCUGGGCCCAUCUGUUCUCUGGCAAUUAUGAACAGAACCUAAUACCUCUGACAAUGGGAUUUGCGGCUGGCGUGGGACCGGCUUCCAAUCUGGAGGGUAGUCCAGCCGCGUUCACAUCUACUGGACUUAGCACCGUUGCUACCUCGUCACCACUUGCUAUAUUCACUAGUACCCUACUAACGACAACCGUUUUCUGGCGUGUUUUUUUAUAGUCCACACUUGAAACAACUAUUUUUCAAUUAAAAUUUUAAUUUUUAAUUUUUUUUUUUUCAUAUGUUUAACAUAAUAAAUAUUUUAAAUACCUCUAUUUACUAUGUGAUGGUGAAAUUACAAUUUUUACUUUUAAUUUGUAUCAAAAAAAACCUUGAGAGUUUUACCAUCAGCUUAUUUUCAACAUUAUUUUUUUAAAGUUUUAUUCGAUUUUUAUGUUAUAUUAAUUAAUCGUCAUUCCACUCAUUUAUUUAUUAAUUUUUUUACUAUCUCAAAUUUAUUUUUUGUUUUGCCAUAGUAAAUACAGACAUUUUAUUGAUCUUUGACCGUGCCUAAAUAUUCAGUGUGCGCGAUAACUUUAACAAGCUUUGUGUGUGGAAUAUUAUAUAGUACAAUAAUAUUAUUA